AUGGCCAUAAAGAUCAUCAACAGAAGAGAGGACAACGAGGGAACCAUCAAGAGAGAGCGGCGGAUACUCCUGGCAGCCCGAGACUGUCCAUUUCUAUGCCACCUUUAUGCUGCACAUCAGUCUCUGGAGCGCGCAUACUUCAUCACGGAGUACCUGUCCGGCGGCAGUCUGGAGGAUUUGAUCAGGAUUUGCUGCUACCUGGACAUCAACAACAUAAGGUUCUACGCAGCAGAGAUGGUAUGCGGCCUCCAGUUCCUCCAUGGACAGAACAUCGUCCACAGAGACCUCAAGCCAGAGAACAUCAUGUUGGAUGCAGAAGGCCACAUCCGGAUCAUUGACCUGGGCCUGGCACAAGAUGGAGUCACAGCCUCCAGCAAGAUCGAUGGAGUGACAGGAACAUUCUGCUACAUGGCCCCUGAAGUGCUUCUCGGACAAGAGUAUUACACAGCCGUUGACUGGUGGAGCCUUGGGAUUGUGUUGUGCAGGAUGGCGACAGGACGCUUCCCAUUUUUCAUCGGCCACAGCAAGCAGAAGGUUUUCAAAGCCAUCACCAGAAAGGAGCCAAAACUUCCACCCGGGAUGGAUGCUGCUAUUGAACAUCUCAUCAGUCAACUUCUGCGCAAGAAUCCCGAUAAGCGCCCUGGGGUGCGCAGAAACAUCCGGAAGCAUCCGUUCCUUUUCCACCAUUCGCUGGGAGGAACUGGAAGAGAGGAGAGCCAAGCCACCAUGUGGAUCUGGACUCUGAGGACACCGCGCCUACUGCUCAGAACCUCCGGCCUCCUGAUCCAGGCAUCAUGUCUCUGCUGCUGUAACCUCGGCUGCUCUAGAACAUCUUUAUGCCACACCUUUGCCAUUGUGUUACUGCCCCAGGCCCUUUACUUGGCAUCCUCCAUUCCGGGGCUGGCAUCUGACAUCACUGCAGCCGGAAGAUCCUCUACAACCCCAGGAGCGGCCUGUGCUUAG